AUGAUUCUCUUGGUCUUUCUAGUAGCUUUAUUUAUUCCCGGAGGAGCUCAAAUUCUUGAUAGUAGCAAUAUCCCAGGAAAUCCAACUACAUAUAUUCAGCACAAACCUCAGAAUCGGAAUUUGGCUCAGAAGAAGUCAAUACAGUCUCCGGACAUUGUGGUGGAAAGGAACGGCGUCUCUCAGUUCAAUUUUGGGCCCUUACCAUCCUCACCCAUAUUGUCAAGAGUCCGUUCCAGCAAGAAGGACAAAAAAUUCGUGCAAUCAUCAACAUUUGUCGAAAACAGAGGAAGAAAAAUUUCUAAUCACCCAAAUCGGGAGAGAAACAACCAUCGAAUUGUGUCCGUUCAUACGUUCAAACAACGAAAUAAUUCGGCUGCGAAGGCAAAUCUGCAAUUGGAGACACCUGCUCGUAUAGGACCCGCACAAAAGCAUUUCCCACCUGAAAAUACUCCCUCUCAACUGGAAAGAACCCCAGCUGUAAGUGUGUCCUCACAAGAGCGCAUCCAAUCUGAAGAUGUCCCUUCCCAAGAGGAGGAGCAGAAUGAUGAGGAUUUCGAAGAACUAACAGAGCAACCAACGAACACAUUCUCCAAAUUAGAGAACAAAACCUUCCAAGAUAAUCUUGUUCUAAACCAAAUUCCUCUCGAGUACACGUACCUCAAUAUGAAGUUCGAGGCGAUUGUUGGCUUGAGCGACUAUGCUCAACGAGUAAAUUUCAAAAAGGAUCUAGUAUGCAAAGUAGAAAUAGCUGGACGAUACAUGCUCGCUUACGCUACACCGGAUCACGACAGUGACAGAACCAAACGUGGCGAAGACGAAAUCCCUUCGAUAGAUGAAAUACUCAGCUCAACUACACUACAUUCAGUAGCGCUAUAA